AAUGCUAUUGGCCGAUGACGGCGAUCUCCGAUAAGUUGCGGUCAUCUACCCCGGAGUCAGUCGAAAUCACCGUCGCGAGAACAACCCCCGCAGCCCUCACGACGUCCCAUUCUAAGCUUCGGUUCCAGACAAUUCGCAAUCGAGUCCUCUUGCGCACAUGUUUCGCUACUCAAGUCUAACACGCGCCCCUCCAUGAACAUACCGACCUUGCCGUCUCGUCGAUGGAUUGAACUGCCCCGCCGCUGCGACCGAGGUAUCAUACCAUGAACCGCACUCCGACGAGCACCCAGCCCGUCCCUGGGCUGUUGAAUCGAGGCUUCAGGACUUCGUUCCCGUUAAGCCAUGGAUCUCCAGACUCGCCGAUUUCUUCUUCUACUCCUAAAUCGGCCUCGGGGAGGGGUGGUGGUGUUGCGGGCACGCUUGCCGGGGGUCGCCAGAUUACCCGAAACCGCGCGAGCUACAGCUGCCAUACCUGUCGGAGGAGAAAGGUAAAAUGCGACAAGGUCCACCCAAUCUGUGGGAAUUGCGCAAAAAACGGCACCGAAUGCGCCUACGAUGUGGCGCCACAAAAGGAAUCCGGGUCGAGUAACAGUCGCGGCGGACAUGGGGUGAAGCGGAGGCGAGGGACAUCGCGAACAAUAGAAGACGACGAGGACGUGGAGGAUUUCCAGUCGAUAUAUGGACAUUUGAAGCAAGCCGGCCUGGAGCAGAAAUCCGGAUCGAACGCGAUCGAGGCACGGCUGGAUAAACUCACGUCGAUGAUUGAGCGGCUAAGUAAGUCCAACCAAGCGCUGGAUCCGGCCGAAAGGCAGCUUCUGGCGCAGAAUGUCGGGCUGGAGUCUGUUCGGGAUUUGCGACAACAGCAGGGGAUUGCUCAGGUUCAGGCUCAGCCGCCCAGGCCGGCUGUCAGUUCCCGUCCGGAAUCCCGUUCGGAUAGCCCGCGACGCACGGCCGAGUCGAGUGGUGAUGAGUUUCCGAUUCCUGCUGGUCAUGCUACUGAUUUGGUGGAUCCGGUUGGUAGUUUAAAUUUGGGGCAUCUUAGUCUUGAUGAUGGGGGGAGGUCAAGAUAUGUUGGAACAACUUACUGGGCGUAUAUAUCACAUGAAAUUAACGAUCUCAACCAGCUUUUAAGAGACCAAAAUCGCUCCCAUGAUGAGGUGCCUCCCGAAGACGACUCCAUGGAUGAGACCAUGACAGACUCAGCUGGAAGGCCACAAGGAAAGCCUUGGAGUGCACCCAUUGAAAGUUCUGGGGGACCUGUGGGCGACAGGUUUUCUCGUGGAGAAACUUUUCAAAAAUCGGUGCUGUUUCCAUCGGGAGAUUCUCCAUCGUUAGAAAAAGUGGUUGAGCCAGAAAUGCUUGAGCAUGUCCCGACCAAACGACAAAGUCAUAUAUUAUACAAAGGGUUUAUGUCCGGUGUGCAAGCCAUCAGUCCGGUCAUUCACCCGCCAACGAUCCUAAAGUUAUACAAUGCCUUUUGGGAUUGGUACGAUAAUAGCAGCUACUCUGGAGAUCCUUGCCCGGAUCCGUCUUUUAUUCCUCUGUUAUAUGCCAUCUGGUAUGGCGGUUCAGUAACAGUUUCGAUAAGGACUAUCAAGGCGGAAUUCAACGUCUCCACUCGCUCUGCGCUUUCGAAGACGCUUAAUGACGAAGUCUCGCGAUGGCUAAGCAAGAUAUCCUUUCCACGCAGCCCGUCCUUGCAAGGACUGGCUGCGUACUUGCUAGUUCAAACGAUUCUGUCAAAGGAAGAGGAACCACUCACCAGCAGCUUGUUCAUCAGUCUUGCCAUGAGAGUAGCACAAGUCAUGGGUCUACAUCGGGAUCCUGCAAAAUUUGGGAUCGAGCCUUGCGAAGCCGAGUACCGACGUCGGCUGUGGUGGCAUAUCGUGCAUAUGGAUGGAGUUGUUGCCAUGUCCAGCGGCCUUCCACCUCUUGUCAGCGAUGAGAAUUACUGGGAUGUUCAUGACACCAGCGAGCUCAAGGAUACGCUGCUUGGCACACCAGAGGGAGAGCAAUACGAGCGACUUGUUUCUCGCAACAUGCGCUUACCCGAUAACCCCGAUGACCCGACUGUUUGCGGCGGGCCGUCUAUGGUGAACGUAUACUAUCUGUCUGCCAGAGGCAAAUAUGUCAUGGCUCGUGCUGUUCGACAUAUCUUGAAGAUCCAAUUAGGGACAAAACCAGUGACGCGAAGGGACAUGGAGGAGCUUCGAACUAUUCUCCUCGAUCUUCAGCUCAAACUUAAUUCAAUCGUCAAUAGGAUCCCGGCUGUGAACGGCCCAGUGUUGCCGUCUGUACCAUCUGACCGAUUACAAUCUUUUGCUUCGCGGUCUCCGGUUGAGGUUAGAACUAGUGAUACGGAACUUCCGGGUGAAGGGCAUAGUGGUUGCCCAGAGCAGUAUCACUCUCCUGUCCUUGUGUCAUUUCACAAGUGGGCGAGGAUACUGCUUUCGUUGUUCAUUGAUAAGGCCUUUUGUGUUGCCUACCAACCUUUUCUCAAGAACGCCAAGAGUCGAAUAUGGCCGGCUGCUAGGCAAAGUGCACUGCGCCAUUGCCAUGGUUUCAUGGAAAAAUUUAUAUCUCUCGCUACCGAUCCCGAUUUUCAGCCUUUCCAGUGGAGUUGGCCUGGGAACCACCAACCAAUGCAUGCUACCAUGAUCAUGCUUAUUGAUUUAUACGAGCGGCCGCAUAGUCCUGAAGCCCCAAAGUCACGAGCGUUCAUUGAUAAGAUAUUCUCGCUUUCUGGUCCUGAUGGUGGUGUUGUCGGUGGCGAAGAUGGCAUUUCAACUCAGCGACCUCUGAAGGAUGGCGGCCGCGAAGCAUGGGAUAUGAUUCGCAGGCUACGCCAGAAAGCAUGGCAAAAGGCAGGACUGGACCCGCAAAAGCUCUGGACAGAGCAAGCCCAGAUGAAAGCGGGUAUUACUACUGCUCCAGAUGAAUAUCCUUAUUUCAACGACCCCUACAAUUCGAGCACCCCUGCCGUUACUGUCUCUCCAAACAAUCCACCCGCAAUGCCUCGACGACCGGUCGUGGACCGAGCAUUGACCGACUUCUCGAAGACAUUCUACAACAUGACCCGCUCCCAUAUGCUCCCUAACCCCGUUUCGCACCUCCGACCUAGUCCUUUACGAUACCAACUACCUCCUCCAGUCCCGAGUUCCAUCCCAGGGACCCCGAAAAUACUCCCCACUCCACAAUUCUCACAUUCUCCCAGUCGCCCUCUCGAUGCCACUCUGGCUGGCUCUGGAAUAUCCUCACCGGAAAACAUUCCCUCACUCAACGCUGGCAUCCCAUUUACUCAACCAACCGUCACAACCCCGCCACCAGCGCUACCUUAUAUGGAUAUAGCCUCCCCAAGCGCACAGCCCAUGGGCGCCCCCACACCACCGUCAAUGGUAGACCCUAAUCUAAAUUUCGACUGGGACCAGUGGGAUGCCGUCUUUGGACAACAUCUCCCUGUCGCAGACGAGCUCAUGGAACUCGACCCCGUGACAGGGCUCGAGUUUGGAGACCUCGGAAGUCUCAGGGCGAGUGAGAACCAUGCGGCUAGCUUGGCGGGGAGUGAUACAGGGAUGAGUGAUAUUCGAGGUCCUAAUUGGGUCGGUUACUGUUGACCUGGUUUCUUGCGAUAUGUGUUUCUUGUAGAUCUGUAUUUCUUUUGUUGAUACCAUGGAUGAGUUGAGUGUACUCAGCGAUAUAACGUUUUGGUCAUAUGGACUUUUGAAGUCCUGUUGUGUAUAUAGCAAGCGAGAUACCUCUAUAGCCAAUAAUCAAUCGACUGUGUACAUAUAUGAUGGCAUCUAUGUUGAAUUUUAGGUAUGGAAUCAGGAAAACAGCUUCCCUGAGCAAUAAUGUAGGUCUAAUGUCCUGCCCUAUUUCUGCCCUUCCCAGUUGGGGUUAAGGUGAGUCAAUGCUUUGCUCAGCAGGCCCAACGGACUUUUGAUGAUAUGAGAUGCUUCUUGGAGUACCCGCUAGGGGUAGAAUAUGCUAUGGGGCCUAUC